AUGGAAAAGGUUGAAGAAUCAAUUGGAAAGAUCGAUCCAAGCAUCAAGGAAGCAGCCUACCAUGCAUGGCUUGGAUACUACAACUCGAUCAUGGUCAGGACUACCGACCACAGAGAUCUGUGUGGGACUGGCAGUGAAGCUAUUUCCGUUUGCCAGCUCUCUCUUAAUCCUGACCGUCUAUCUUGCCACGACCUUGGCUUAUAUCUUGACCCUGGCCUCGUUCGUCUGCGAGAAAACUGGGAUUUUUCUCUAGAUUUGCGCUUCGUUUCACUGCCUUCAACUCCAAUCCAGUUCUCUUGUGAAUCAGCGCAAAGUCUCGUAGUCAUUUCUUCAGAAUCGAAGCUGAUUGAGAGAUCUUUGUUAUCAAUGGCUGGGAGAAAGCCAGCUUAUUGCUUUUGUUUGAUGUGGAUGGGACGCUUACUCGCGCCGAGAAAGAGAUGCUUGGAGUUCAUGAAGAAGCUUCGAGAGGUUGUAACAGUUGGUGUUGUCGGAGGAUCUGAUCUUGUUAAAAUAUCAGAGCAGUUGGGAAAAAUCAGGUCAGUUAUUAAUGACUAUGAUUAUGUAUUUUCCGAAAAUGGUCUUGUUGCUUACAAAAAUGGGGAGCUCAUUGGUUGCCAGAGUUUGAAGUCCUUUCUUGGAGAAGAAAAACUGAAGGAAUUCAUUAAUUUUACCCUUCAUUAUAUUGCUGACUUGGAUAUUCCUAUAAAACGGGGCACAUUCAUUGAGUUCCGCAGUGGCAUGCUAAAUGUUUCACCAAUUGGGAGGAAUUGCAGCCAAGAAGAGCGAGACGAUUUUGAGAAGUAUGAUAAGGUUCACAAUGUACGCCAAAAAAUGGUUUCUGUGCUCCGGGAGAAGUUUGCACACUUAAACCUGACAUUUUCCAUUGGAGGGCAGAUCAGCUUUGAGGGUAUAUUCUUAUAUUACCUGGUAUUUCCCCAAGGGUGGGACAAGACCUACUGUUUGAGAUACCUCAAUGACUUCCAAGAAAUCCAUUUCUUUGGGGAUAAAACCUACAAGGGAGGUAAUGACUUUGAGAUUUAUGAAUCUGAACGAACAGUGGGGCAUACAGUGACCAGCCCAAAAGAUACUGCAGAGCAGUGUUCAUCUCUUUUCCUCAAAAAGUAGACUGGAGACCCAGAGCAUUAUAUAUCUCAUGAUGCAAAUAAUCCAUUUUCUCUCAGAAUCCUAUCUUUGUAUUUCUGUAACAUGAGUACCUAUGGUUUUAUUAAAAUCUAAUUCAAAUAAUAAAGAGGGAACGUUCCUUGUUUUUAUUCAA